CCUCGAUUCUUUUCUCCCGGCGAUUUUUGUUCUCCGGGCGAUUCUUGUUCUCCGGAGGCGAUUCUCUGGGCGAUUCUUGUUCUCCGGUCGAUUCUUAUUCUCCGGGCGUUAACCUUCGAUGUCUCCUCCGUCGAUCAACGGAAAGCCUCCUCCGCUGAGUUCCAUCACCGGAAAGCAUACUGCUCUGAGUUCGAUGUCUCCUCCGUCCAUCAGAAAGCCUCCUCCUCUAAGUUCCAUCACUGGAAAGUUUCCUCCGCUGAGUUCCAUGCCUCCUCCGCUGAGUUUGAACACAGGAAACCCUCCUCCGCUGAGUUUGAUUACAGGAAACCCUCCUUCGCUGAGUUUGAUGACAAGAAACCCUCCUCCCCAGAGUUUGAUCACAGGAAACCCUCCUCCCCUCAGUUUGAUCACAGGAAACCCUCCUCCGCUGAGUUUGUUCACAGGAAAGCCUCUUCCACUGAGUUCGAUCACUGGAAAGCCGGUGAUCGUAAGGGUUAAGCGGAAGGCCUCCCAAGCAAAACUUGAUUCCUUCUGGUUGGAGAUUAAUGAAAGGCCACAUAAAAAACCAUUCUUGGGUCUUGGAAAUCUCUCCAUAUCUAAUUGCGGCACAGGAAAAGUUCUCAAUGAGCUUGCAAGUGAGAAGAUGUUAGUUCAGCGUCUUGAGACAGUUGGGCACUCCCAGUCUGUCAAAGAUGUGCUGCAUUCUUUUUUGGUUAACACCUAAUCUCUGUUACUCUCUGUACAUGUCAUUUGAUAUGAUAGGUGGUUAUCUUUACCACGUUCCUCUUUCUUCCACUUGUUUAUAUGAACAGUUUAUGAUGCUCCUACUUGCAGUGAGUCAGAUAAUCGGAUAAUUCAUUUUAACUUAUAAUAACUUAUUUCUUUUUUAGAAAUAUGAAUGCUAUUUUGCCUGCUAAAAAAUGAUGUUUUUGAAACAAAAGUAGCUGAUAAAGGCCCAAAUUUUUGAGGCUUUCCUGUGUCAGUUUUAUUCCCACAAUUAUUCUCCCUUUAUUAAAAAAAAAAUUUGAUUUUGUUCACCAGCCAAAUAUUUCCUAGGAUAUUUUUUGUUCCAUCAACAGGAUAUUUACUAUCAUCUUCCCUUUAUCUGUGUGUUAUAGAGGUAUAUGAUAUAACAUAUUCUGCCAUUUGAACAUCUAAUCUGCCAUUGUAAUUCAUUGGUUUAGAUUUCAUCUGUUGAAUCUGUUAGUAAUAU